CAGAUGGCAUCGAUCUUUCGAGCGUACAUGCACCAGUUACGCGUGCACACCCUGCGCACACAGAUGCUCACUUCAGCUGUAGUCAUGGGUCUGGGGAACAUCAUCACGCAGCAAGGAGUGAGCAAGCGAGGUUGGGAUAAACAUGAUUGGAAGGCAACGACGAGAUUCGCCGCAUAUGGCUGCUUCAUCUUCACUCCUGUCGCAAACCGAUGGCACUACCUCGUAAACCGAAUACAGUUCUCCUCAGUCAUCGGCACGACACUCACCAGGCUGGUGAUCGACAUGUCCCUCUUUGCACCCUUCGCGACCACCUGGUUCUUCCUCUGGAUGGGCUUGCUGGAAGGCCGACCGCUGGGCGAGAUCCGCCAGCGAUGGGAGACGAACUUUACACGGAUAUUGACUAGGCAGUGGAUGGUCUUCGGCCCCGCUCAAGCGGUAAACAUGACUGUUGUCCCCGUGUAUGCACGACCGCCGGUGAUGAACAUGGUCGGACUGGGGUGGUCAACGUACCUCUCCCUGAUCUCUGCGGAGCUGGAACGAGAAUCUGCACGGGGCGAGAUCCCAGAAACACUCAAAAUCCAGAAAUUGGAGAAGAUCGAGGUCGACCGGAUCUCUGCUGCUGUGAUGGAAUGAUGUACAGUGAUGGUGCUGGAAACGGGGAGGUAGAGCUGCCUAGGCAGAGGCAGAGGGAGGUAGAGUGUAUUGUACGCCCGGAUACCUGGCUGCUGCAUAUCCUUAUUCGCCAUUAGCUGGUUUGUAGACAAGAUACGGAUAGACAUUAGAGGUAUUACACAAGUUAC